AUGACAUCAUCUACAAUUGGAUUCGGAGGCAUUGUUAGCAGCUUCUUUGAGAACUACAAGGCAGCUACACCAAAGAGACUCAAGAUUAUCGAUCUCUUCUUGGUAUACAACUUCCUGACAGGUGUCUUUGUCUUUGCCUACUGCUGUCUGGUUGGAACAUUCCCGUUCAACUCCUUCCUCGCUGGUUUCAUCUCUUGUGUUGGAACAUUCAUUCUUACAACAUGUCUUAGAAUCCAGGUUAACCCAGUCAAUCACUUUAAGAACAUCUCUGUCGAGCGAUCAUUUGCGGACUACCUCCUUUGUAACCUUAUCCUCCAUUUGGUUGUCUUCAACUUCCUUGGAUAA